AUGCCAGUACUGUGUCAAUACUGGCUGCCGGUGCUAUGGUUUUCCAGUACUCAUAUAGUACUGGCUAACAUUUCAGCCAGUACUGUGCCCGUAAGGGCCAGACAACUGUUGGGUAGCCAGUACUGUGCCCAUCAUGAUACUUCACAUAACUCGAAUACGUCAACAAACCAGUCACGAAUACAAUUACCACCAAUAAAAAUUCCUGAGUUCAGCGGGAACAUUCAGGAUUGGGAACCUUUUUUCGACUUUUUCCGAUCUGCAAUACACGAGGAAAAUAGUUUUACAUCGGCUCAUAAAUUUUACUACCUCAGAUCAUAUCUUACUGGUGCAGCUCUAGAUCUAAUCAAAGCGGUGCCUAUGACGGAUGCCAACUAUUAUGUAGCGAUUGAACGGCUUAAGCAGAGAUACGACAAUAAGAGCUUAACCAUACAGUCUCACAUCAAAUCAUUAUUAGAAUCUCCACACGUAGAAAAUGCAACCCCAACCGAGCUUCAACAACUACAUUCACAUGUAUGCACGCAUAUUGCAGCUCUUAAGGCAUUAGAUCAACCUGUGGACAAAUGGGAUGCCUGGCUAAUAACUAUCAUUAGCAUGAGGUUAGACAGGGACACGUUACACGGAUGGCAACUACAUCAGAGGAAUACACAGCUCCCAAGGUAUGUAGAUUUAGAAGAAUUUCUUGCAGGCCGCUGUGUGGCAAUGGAAACCUCCUACCAAUUUUGUUCCGAACGGGAGGGAACCAACACUAACUCUGUACCUCAUCAAAGGUCAAAGGGAUACAAGAGCAAUAACAAAUCGCCAAAAUUAACACUAUUAACCAACAAAAAUGACCGCGACAAUAAGUGUGCUCACUGCUCGGGUAAGCAUUGGUUAUUUUUCUGCGACUCAUUCAAGGAGUUAGACGUCAAUAGUCGAUUGACAGUUGUAAGAGAUGCAAAACUCUGCUUCAACUGUCUGUCACCGCACAACACCUUACUCCAUCAAGAGAGGAAAUCAGGAGCAACCAGACAGAAGGAGGACGAUCUUCCAAGCUCAUCAAAGGAAGAUACCUCGCCGAGCAACAGUCAGAAAGUGUCCAUGCCAGCUCAAGCAACAAGUGAACACGUAUUUUUAGCAACAGCAGUAGUCACCGUAAAGGACAGCAACGGUUCCUAUCACAGGUGUCGAGCCGUCCUGGACAGUGGCUCACAAGUAAACUUUAUUUCAAGAAAGCUUUCGAGAGUUUUAGGAUUAAAACAGAGAACAAACGUCCUACCAAUAUGCGGUAUUGGUACCAGCAAGACUCAAUCGGGUGCAAGUGUAGACGUAACCGUAAAUUCCUCCGUCAAGAAAUUUGAUGUCGAAAUGACCUGUCACAUAUUGCCUGUUAUAGUGAAUGACUUAUCCGCUAUACCAACUCCCAGGGAUGGUUGGAACAUUCCUAAUGAAUUUGUACCUUUCCUAGCAGAUCCAACAUUCUGUGAAUCGGGAUCGAUUGACCUAUUAAUUGGAAGUGCUCUUUUCUUCGAUUUGAUAGGAACCGAGCGGAUUCCACUUAUCACAGGGAAGCUUUAUCUACAAGAUAGCAAAUUUGGUUGGAUUGUGACUGGAGUAAUAGAUGCAACUUGUCUUUUAAAUAUUGGAGAAACUCUAGAAAGAGAUUCGGAUGUCAAUGACAGGACAGAAGAUUCGACACAUUACGACAAUUCUAAGGGUAAUCAGAGAUACUUGGAAGAUGACAAGGCUCUACAUCACUUCCAGAACAACACGCGACACAACGAAGAAGGUCGGUUCAUUGUUCGAUUACCUAUCAAUAUCUCAACAGACAUGCUCGGUAACACGCAAAUAAUGGCAACCACACGGUUUUUGAGCGUGGAGAGGAGGCUUCAAAGGGAUGACAAGCUAAGAACAGAAUAUACAAGGUUCAUGAAAGAAUAUCUUGAGAUGGGUCACAUGAAAGAAGUUCAAAAUGAAGUUGAGUUGCCGGUCCGAUCUUGUUAUUUACCACACCAUGCGGUACAAAAGGAGUCAAGCUUAACGACUAAAAUUAGGGUUGUAUUUGACGCCUCAGCAAGGAGCUCUUCCGGAGUAUCGUUAAACGAUAUAUUGAUGCAUGGUCCAACAGUACAAGCAGAUGUCUUCACCAUAUUGGCUAGAUUUAGAAUGCACCAAUAUACAUUGAUGGCUGAUAUCGAAAAAAUGUUUCGACAAGUGGCAAUCGAUGAAAGGGACUGGGACUUGCAGCGAAUUGUAUGGAGAGACUCGCCUACUGAACCUUUAAAAACAUUCAAUCUAACGACUGUAACAUAUGGCAUGAAACCAGCGUCAUUUCUUGCAACACAAUGCCUUGUAACCUUAGCUCACCUGGUACACAACGAAUAUCCAAGAGCCUCAGAAGUUAUCAAAAAUGAUAUAUACAUGGAUGAUUUGAUGACAGGAGCUGAGACUGAAGAGGAUUGUAUAAAAUUACAACAAGAACUAAACACUAUCUUAAUUUCCGCCAAACUUCCACUACGUAAAUGGUGUUCAAAUUCUACUAAGGUGCUACAACACGUAGGCAAGGCAGAGGCUGAUCCACUAUACACCUUCUAA